GUCAUCAAGCUUGUUGUUCAAAAUAGAUGCUGCUCCUACGAUUUGUCUUGGAGAUUUCAUGUCGUUGUGUUGAAGAAGUAAUUAGUUUGCUUGAGCAAACUUUCAGCCAAUCGUUUAGCCUUCAACAACGUUGCUCCGGCCAUUUUGUCUCAAGGUCUAGAAGCUCCAAGAUGGACGGCGUUCUGCGAAACGUGGAGCACUUGUUGCCUGCUGGAAAAGUCACCCAGACCGAUUUGGAGGCGAAUCCAGAAUUUAGCCGCGUUCUUUCCCGUCUUAGCACGGACUAUUUGUCCCGGGAUGGGACCGAUUUGAGGACAGCUUCUGAACUUGAAAAGUGGCAACAUGAGCUGCGUCAGAGUCGCACUGAGUGGCUCAAAUGCAAACUGCUGUACACCGAAGUUGAGGAGGUGUUGGAAGAUUCCCAAAUCCAGUCGCUGGCUUUGUCAUCACCGUCCACUGAUACUAAGGCAUUGGAGACUGUACAGUAUGGACUUUCCCAUGCCGAGAGCACACAGUACAUGUGCAUGCCGCCCAGUGAACAUGCCCAGCCCCAAGCCGAGCCAAUGUCAAUACUGGGUAUUCCUAUGUCCGAGGUCGAGAGGAACGCGUCAACGGCCACCAAAGCUGCGGCGCAACAGAUACGCAAGCACAUUGUGCCAGUCAUUCAGGCCAACUUGCAGCGGAAGCUGCGGGAGCUGACAGCGUUCUAUGCGCCCGCAGGUCUACCGGCAGGUGUAGCACUUUCGCAACAGGUGCAGACUGAUGCUCAGAAGGUGCGGGCGAACAAGCGGCUGAUCAGCGAUGACUCCUUGCAGAUUGAGCAACUGAGAAUGCAGUACUAUGACGUCCUGUGGAGAUGUCUGGAGCUGCUGGACAGUAUGUUGGUUGAGCACAAGUUGAACAACUCUGCAGCCGACGAACACUGCAAACUCCUCAUCAUCCGAUGUCAGACCGUUGCUCUGAAGCUUCAACUUCUAGAGGCCCAGGUGAAGUGUGACACGUACACAGCACCUAACACAGCUGCACUCACCAUGGUCAAGCACAGCCUUGACCAAGCGCGUAGCGAGGUGGACGCCGGGCACGUAGCCAGCACAGCCGCUCUGAGUGCGUACGCCGGUCUCGGCUCUGGCUUCGACGCCAUCGUGGAGGAGUACACGCGCCUUCAGGCCGAACUGGACAACAAGAGGUGGGCGCUUUCGGAGCUCCGGCACGGCCAGUGAUGCAGUGCACCAAGGAGACUACUAUACACCGUUCAGGCGCUAUAGCUCCACGCUGUAUUGUACAGAAAUCUGCGCUGCGAACGCCGUCACUCGUCGAAUGCUGUGUCUUGUGCAAGUACCUGUCAUUAUUCAAUGUGACAAUGAGCAUGUGUGUCUGCAGCACUCAGGGAGUCGCGUGUACCCGGUUUUGCGGCGCACUACACUCCGCUUUCAGGCACGGCUCUGCGCACUAUUCCGUAGCCGGUGCGUUGCUACGUCGUGCAUACAUGUCCCAAGUGGUGGUGCGUGACGUUGCUGACCAGUGCAGUGGCCAGCACGGCUCAGCCUCACGGCAGAGCCCAUACUGAGUCCGUGGUGCAUUGGCACCCGUCAAUACUAUGUUCACAUCACACAAGUACUGCUGCUACUUGCUAGCUGGUGUCGCAGUGUUGGCGCCUGAGAGUUCGCCCGUGAUGAUGCUAAACACUGCUGUGUGGACUGGCGAGUGCAAUUCUAGUGAAGCCGCACACGUCUUUGUACCAGUGUACUGUUUUCACCACGGUGGCUCGUCCGCAGUGUUAGCGUAUCAACAGCAAGCUACAAUCAAGACAAUAGAGGAAACAUGCUACCUGUCACGCUCGGGCAAUGGCGCGCAACAAGAAGCAGCAACACACGGCAACGGAGCAGGAUGUUCUAUUCGAAAUUGACACGAUCGUUUUAAUAUUAUUGUCCAGCAAUGAAAUAUUACGGCAUGCGACAGUACAAGGUUGUCGGUUUUCAAAACACUAGCAACGGAGUGGGAAGCUUCAAGCUUCUCCGAGAUAAGAAUGUAUGCAUAUGAUACUGGUGAACUUGAUAAGAUCCGAGUCAAGGGAUCAUCAUCACUCUGGCAGUUCACGCCACUAAUAAUCAUUAUUCGAGUUUCACUAACAAACCCUUAGAUUCUUGA